AUGGCCUACGCGCCGCCGACCUUCGACGAGGCGACGGGGAUGAUGGCGGAGCCCGCCAUGGAGGCGAACGUCAUGCAAGUGGGGCUGAACCCGGCCCCGCGCCAGGGCGUGUCCCGCGGGUCCGGGGAUGCCUACGCGCAGCUGGCCGACGACGACGAGGACGACGCUUUGGCGACGCGGGAGCGGCGCGCGAGCGACAUCGCCCUGGCGCGCCAGCAGGCGCACGCGAACGCGUUCAAGCGCCAGAUGGAGGCCGAGGAGGAGUUCGCGCGGAGCUCGCACCGGCAGACAUCGAACGACGCGGAGCUCGCGGCGCGCCUCGCCGCGGGCACGGACCAGAAUCUGGACAUGGAGGCGCUGUCGGCGACGCAGCGCGACGCCAUGCUCGCCGCGCGGCUCCAGGCCGAGUUCAACCAGGGCCAGGGCGCGGGCGGCCGCGGGAGCCGCACGGAGAAACAGAAGAUCGUCCGCGUGCUCGUGCCCAAGAACGCCAAGCCCGGCGACUCCCUCGCCGUCGCGACGCCGACGACGGGCAAGUUCGCCGUCGAGGUGCCGACCUGGGCCAAGCCGAACACGCACUUCGACUGCGUCGUCACGACGAUCGUCGAG